CUAGGCGAGGGGCGGAUCACCUAGUGGUUAUUGGCCAAGAUGGCGGUAGCGAUCGCUGCGGGCUGGGCCUGGAGGCCAAGCCGAGGCUUGGGUCAGGCUGCCCUCCUGCUGCUGCGGCGGCCUGGGGCUCGGGGGCUGGCUACAUCUCACUCCCACAGGCAGCAGCAGCAGCAGUUCUCAUCUCCAGGUGACAAGCCCCAGUUCCCAGGGGCCUCGGCGGAGUUUAUAGACAGGCUUGAGUUCAUCCAGCCCAAUGUCAUCUCUGGAAUCCCCAUCUACCGCGUCAUGGACCGGCAGGGCCAGAUCAUCAACCCCAGCGAGGAUCCCCAUCUGCCCCAGGAGAAGGUGCUGAAGUUGUACAAGAGCAUGACGCUGCUCAACACCAUGGACCGCAUCCUCUACGAGUCUCAGCGGCAGGGCCGAAUCUCCUUCUACAUGACUAACUAUGGCGAGGAGGGGACGCACGUGGGGAGCGCAGCCGCCCUGGACAACACAGACCUGGUGUUUGGCCAAUACCGGGAGGCAGGUGUGCUGAUGUAUCGGGACUACCCCCUGGAGCUGUUCAUGGCCCAGUGCUAUGGCAACGUGAACGAUCUGGGCAAGGGGCGCCAGAUGCCAGUACACUACGGCUGCAAGGAGCGCCACUUCGUCACCAUCUCCUCUCCACUGGCCACGCAGAUCCCUCAGGCGGUGGGGGCAGCCUAUGCGGCCAAGCGGGCCAAUGCCAACAGGGUUGUCAUCUGCUACUUCGGCGAAGGGGCAGCCAGCGAGGGGGAUGCCCACGCUGGCUUCAACUUCGCUGCCACACUCGAGUGCCCCAUCAUCUUCUUCUGCCGGAACAACGGCUACGCCAUCUCCACGCCCACCUCGGAGCAGUACCGCGGGGACGGCAUUGCGGCACGGGGCCCUGGAUAUGGCAUUAUGUCGAUCCGUGUGGAUGGUAAUGACGUGUUUGCUGUGUACAAUGCCACAAAGGAGGCCCGGCGGCGCGCUGUGGCAGAGAACCAGCCCUUCCUCAUUGAGGCCAUGACCUACAGGAUUGGGCACCACAGCACCAGUGAUGACAGUUCAGCCUACCGCUCGGUGGAUGAGGUCAGUUACUGGGACAAGCAGGACCACCCCAUCUCCCGGCUGCGGCACUACCUGCAGAACCGUGGCUGGUGGGACGAAGAGCAGGAGAAAGCCUGGAGGAAGCAGUCCCGCAAGAAGGUGAUGGAGGCCUUUGAGCAGGCUGAGCGGAAGCCAAAGCCCAACCCUAGCCUGCUCUUCUCGGAUGUAUAUCAGGAGAUGCCUGCCCAGCUCCGUAAGCAGCAGGAGUCCCUGGCCCGUCACCUCCAGACCUAUGGGGAGCACUACCCCAUGGACCACUUUGAGAAGUGAGACCCGCUCACCCCACCCACACCCACCUCAGCUGCCCUGAGAGGUAGCCCCACCUUGCCCAAGCCUGUUCCCUCUAAAAUACUCAGGGGCCAGGGUGGUGCCUGAAACCGUAACGGGGUACUCGCUCCUCAUCUCUGCUCCUCCAGCCUGUUACAUUUGGGGGGCAAUUUGCAGCGGUUGCUGAGGCUCCGUGAGCCCCCUCUUCACCUGUUGUUACAGUGCCUUCUCCCUGGGGCAAGGUGAGGGCGCCUCCAGGACUAGAAGCCCCUCUGGGUUGGGGGUGGGCACGGCAAGUCAGCUUGUGGAACCUGGUCAGCAGAGGUAAUGAAUAAACCUUGUCUCUGCGUUUGGCUCUGUA